GGUGAUCUCAAUUCGAUUAUCGUUUCUAACCGCUGUUAACCUAUCGAUAUGAACAAUGGUUCCCCCUGUUCCUAACAAAUAAUAUCGUAAAUAUAAACAGUGCCUUAUUUUCGUUAUCAGAUUAAACUAUGUCUGGAGAACGAAUAGAUAAUAAUUUUUUAAUAAAUGCGGACGGAAAUUCGGGACAGAGUUCUAAAAAUGGGGAAGAUAAUCUUUUUGAUGAAAUUAUUGGUCACAUAGAAGAUAUUCUUUUAGAAGAAGAAUUUAACACCAUUCAAAAGAAAUUUUUAGACAUGUAUUGGAAUGUUUUUGAACCCAUAGAAGAGAACAAAUUAAUUUACACGGAUAUAUUUAACGAAUAUCAUAAGGCUGUGGAAAAUUACAUAGUUAACUAUUUACAAAAAGUCAUACCACAUUUUAAUAUAAACAAAUUCUUACAACUCUUAAGUAGUAGACAGACUGAAUUGGAAGGUGAAGUUUUUGAAGUAUUGUCAACAUUCACAGACUUUGUAGCUUUUAAAGAAAUGUUUCUUGAUUACAGAGCUGUGAAGGAAGGAAAAGUACAAGAUCUCAGUUCUGGAAUAUCUGUAACAUGUCUCAAAGUAUAUAAUAUGAAUGAAAUACAAAGCUCACCUAUAUAAAUUCUAAAUAAAAACAAACUAUCGGGUAUAUCUAAGGAAUAAAUUAUAUAUUUAUUAUUGACGUUUAUAAUGUUCAACAGUAACUGUUAGAAGACAAUACGUUUAUUAUGUUUACAAUUUAAUUUGCGUUUAAGUUACGGAAGUACAAAAAAUAUAUACACUAUAUCGAUAAUACUCUAGACAUUGAAGAAAUAAGACAAUGAUCGGUUUUGUAUCUCGCGAAUUCAGUACUUGCACAAACACGCCCAAUGUAUUAUUUAAAGUUCCAUGUCUAAAAUAAAUUGAUAAGAAACACUA